UCAUAUUUAGUUAUUUACAGUCACAUUAAAGACGGAAACUCAGAUCCGGCUCUGGGUUCACCAGGAACAAUCAGAAGUGAGUCAUAUGAGGCGGCUGACAAAUCAGCGCGCAGCGUCUCUCCAGGAAACACUGCCGGGUCUCCAGCUGCUCACCUGCGGCCACAAGCAGCCACAGAUCCUCGGGGGACUGACGGAGCACAAACAGCAUCUUCUUCAUCUCAACUGUGUGCAGAAACAGCGAUGGUUUGCGGCGGAUUCGUUUGCACCAAGAACGCACUGUGCGCCCUCAACAUCCUUUAUGUUCUGGUGAGUCUGCUGCUUAUCGGCGUGGCAGCUUGGGGGAAAUGGUUCGGCCUGGUGUCCAGCAUCAGGGUGGUGGCAGUGGUCAUCAGCGUGGGAAUCUUCCUGUUCCUGGUCGCCUUUGUGGGGCUGUGCGGUGCUCUGAAGCACCACCAGGUCCUGCUCUUCUUUUACAUGAUUAUUCUCUUUGCAGUGUUUGUCUUGCAGUUUUCAGUGUCCUGUGCGUGUCUGGCUCUCAACAAAGACCAACAGAACCACCUGCUGGAGGUCGGAUGGAAUAAAUCCGAGGCCACUCAGAAGGACGUUGAGAAGACGCUCAAUUGCUGUGGCUUCUCUUAUGUCAACUACAACGGCUCAUGUGCUGCUAGCUGCUUCAAACAGUCGUCUCCAUCCUGUGUCACCUGCUCAGCCCUGAUCCAGCAGUAUGCCGGACAGGUGCUGCGGUUCGUGGGCGGCAUCGGCCUCUUCUUCAGCUUCACAGAGAUCCUGGGAGUUUGGCUCACCCACAGAUACAGAAACACCAAAGAUCCUCGAUCCAAUCCUGGGGCCUUUCUUUAGGCACUAACAUUAAAAUAAAUGCAAAGCUAUACUGCUCAGUGACUGUUUUCCCUGUAACUUUAUUAACCAUAGUGUGUAUGUAAUGCCUAAAGAAUAACUUCCACUCAACUGAAAACAUUUGGAAUCAAAUUAUACGUGUUUAAACGUUUUUAGAUACCGACAUCAAAGCAGCAACAGCUCUUUAGUUUGUAUUUAGUGUGUGCACAGCAGAACAGUAGUUUCCUACCUUUUUUGUUGUCUAUAGAAGCAUAUAGUCAUUGAAUCACUGUGUGCUGUACGUUGUUUUCACCAUAGGAGUCUAAUAAAACAAAUAUUAAGCAUA